AUGGUGAACUUUUAUCGCCGGUUUCUUCCGAACUGUGCCGAUACCAUCCUACGUCUGACCAGUCUCCUCGCAGGUUCUAUGCGCAGCUUUGAACUUAAGCCAGCAGCACUCACGUCAUUUGAGCAGGUAAAAACCCUUCCGGCUGAUGCCACCCUCCCAACUCACUUUCAUCCUAAUGCACCCAUAUGUCUGAUGGUCGAUGCCUACAAUGUUGCUGUUGGCGCGGUUCUUCAACAAAGUCUGCCAGAUUCUACCGUGCCUUUGGCUUUCUUCUCCAAGAAACUAUCCAAGGCCGAAACCCGCUACAGCACAUUCGAACGUGAACUUCUCGUCGCUUAUCUUGCCGUAAAGAACUUCCGGCAUUUACUGGAAGAUCAAGAGUUCACAAUCUUCACAGAUCAUAAGCCACUCACCCUUGCUAUGCAUUCCCACUCUGACAAGCUAAGCCCCCGGGAGAUCCGUCACCUGGACUACAUUUCGCAGUUCACUUCAGAUAUCCGCCCUAUUGACGGGUCACGGAAUGAGGUGGCUGACGCACUCUCCAGGUCCUCUAUUGCUCAUCUUCAGCUUUCGCCUGGGAUAUACCUCGCUGAGAUGGCCGCUGAACAACGCCGUCUCGGUUCACCUUGUGAUGAGGAUGUUUCAGGACUCCAACUUCAGGAACUACCACUGACAACUGGCAACGGCACCAUUUUAUGCGACGUAUCCACCCCUUCCCACCGUCCAUUUGUGCCACCAUCCCUCCGCCGUACAGUUUUCUCGUCCCUGCACAAUCUCUCUCACCCUGGGGGUCGAGCAACCGACAAGCUAGUUUCCGACCGCUUCGUCUGGCCUGGGAUGCACAAAGACCUGAAAGCAUGGACACGGGCUUGUAUCCCCUGUCAACGGAGUAAGAUCCAGCGGCACAACAAGGCCCCCAUUGACACCUUCCCCGGCCCUGGUUCAAGGCUCAGCCAUGUUCACUUGGACAUUGUAGGUCCCCUGCCUCUGUCCAAUGGUUGUUCCUAUCUCCUCACCCUUGUGGAUCAGUCCACUCGGUGGCCUGCAGCUAUUCCCCUGCCUGACAUUGCUGCUCCAACGGUGGUCAAGGCUUUUCUCAGUAGUUGA